UAUGAACAGACAGCAGCUGGACUUCUUCACAAACUUCAGACACAUAAAAAUCACAUCAUGGGCUUUAAAUUCCUGACUUACGGAGUGCUGCUGGUGGCUUUGACGGCUACAGGAAGUGAUGCACAGCUGGAUGUUUGUGGAACGGCUCCUCUCAACACACACAUCAGCACGAGAUUGUGGGGGGGGUACGAACGCCGUGGCGGGGGCGUGGCCAUGGCAGGUCAGUCUGCAGUCCAAUGGCUUCCAUUUCUGUGGAGGUUCCCUGAUCAACAACCAGUGGGUCCUGACUGCUGCUCACUGCUUUUCCAGCAGCACCCCUGCAAAUCUGCGUGUCUACCUUGGAGCUGACAGCCUGCAAGGCACAAAUCCUAAUGCAGUGUCCCGGUCAGUGUCCCAGAUCAUUGUUCACCCAAACUACAAUUCAGACACCAACGACAACGACGUCACCCUGCUGAAACUUUCCACAGCUGUGACUUUUACCAACUACAUCAGACCUGUGUGUCUGGCAGCAGAUGGCAGCAUCUUCGCAGGUGGACAGGACAGCUGGGUCACUGGAUGGGGGAACGUCGGUUCUGGUGUUUCGCUUCCUAGCCCUCAGACACUGCAGGAGGUGGAGAUUCCCAUUGUGACCAACACUCAGUGCAACGCUGCUUAUUAUUCAAUCACAAGCAACAUGAUCUGUGCUGGUUUGACUCAAGGAGGAAAGGACUCCUGUCAGGGAGACUCCGGCGGCCCGAUGGUGAGUUUAAAUGACACCAGGUGGGUCCAGUCUGGAGUGGUGAGCUUUGGAGAGGGAUGUGCUCUGGCAGGCUUUCCAGGAGUCUACGCCCGAGUGUCCCAGUACCAGUCCUGGAUCAACAGUCAGAUCAGCAGCAACCAGCCAGGAUCAAUCAAAUUUGGGACUUCUAUCAGUUCAGGAAGUUUAACAGGUUCAGGAAAUUCAGGAAGUUCAGGAAGUUCAUUAAAUUCAGGAAAUUCAGGGAAUUCAGGAAUUUCAGGAAGUUCAGGGACCACAGGAGGAGGCCAGAUCAUCUCCGUCUCAUUCCCUCUGCUGCUGUCCAUCCCACCUGUCCUCUUCUCUCUCUUUGUCCUCUCAUGAUGAAUGAAGACUGAGUUCACCAGAAAGUAAUAAAUAAAUAAAUAAAUAAAUAAAUAAACAGCCAAUGGCCACAUUUUCAUUUUUAGAUUAAUUUCUCCCACAAUAAAAUGAAUGAAUUAAUUUAAUUAAUUACUCUUUACUUAACAGAUUAAUAUCUAAUAAGCUUCCCAAUUUCCAAAGAAAAAACUUUUUGUAGGUGGAAUUCGGGGGUCUAUGCCUUUCUUUGAUAUUAUUUGAUAUUUUCUUUUAAAUUAAUAAAGAAAAAAAGUUAAUUUACUUCAUAUUAAUUAAUUAAAUUUCUGGUUCCAAUGAAAAUAAUAUUGAAUCAUUAUAAAAGAAAUUAUAUAAUCAGCAGAAGUUUCAUUUUCAAGAUUGACUCUUCAUAUACAGAGACCUGUCAGACAAAAUGAAUAAAAGUAGAACACAGUUCAAUAAAUAGAUUUAUAUUAUGAAAUGCACCAAAAUAAAAAUGAUUGGUAAUAAAUAUUUGCAUUAAUUAAUUUUUCCAAUAUUACAUAAUUAGAUUUUCUGCAU